GUUUAUUCAUUAUUCAGCUAUUGCUACGUCUCCGGAAAGUAUUAUGUCUGUUCGGCUUCUUGAGGAAGGCAAAAGUUCAGGAGAGUUGGACACAGCGAAAGUGGGUUGCACUGGUAGUUUCCUCGGAAGCUUUCGUCGUAAAGGCUCGGUGUUAAAAACGGAAUCUAAUUUACAAACCCAAGUUCCACUGGCAUCGGAAUAUAAGCAACGCAGCUGGAUCGACUCUCUUUGUCAAGACAAAGAGACGAUUAGUAUCUGGCUUCAAAAUGGAAAAGCAGGUAUCGAUACGCACCUUAAUCAAUACCCAGCACUGCUCGACCUCAAAAAACAAUAUGCAAAAGAUGGGGCCAUGUUGCGAAAUCUUCUUGAUCCGAAAGCAGAGAUGAGCCAACUUUUGCAGAAAAAACUCGAUAAGGCCCUAUUAGACAUAUCUACUAUGUCCGGAGUAGACAACCAAUCGGCUGGACAUCUUGCCCAUUACGCUCUGGUCUUUGCAGAGAUAACUUCUACCAGAGGCGGUAGUAUCACUCGACUUGACUCGGUUAUUCGGGCACGUAUCCGCAAAACGUUGGACAAGAUUCAUGGAAAGAUGGAUGACCGGAUUGCAAAAGUAUUCACAGUUUUGAAAGAAUUGUGGAAGAAACCUGCACCCCUUCCUUUUAGAGAGGACCCGUUUUAA